AACGAUAACACUUCUUUUAAAAUAAAAAAAAUGGCUUCAAAUUUGACUAAAGUUAUUCAAAAUGCUCGUAAAAAGCAUACAGCUACUGUGUUCUUUUUGCACGGUUUGGGUGAUAGCGGAAAUGGUUGGGCUCCUGUGACAGAAGAAAUGGGCUACACAUUGGAACAUGUCAAAUUCAUUCUUCCAGACGCUCCUAUUCGACCAGUAGCAGUUAAUGGUGGUGCUAGAAUGCGCGCAUGGUAUGACAUUUACGCGUUGUCGAAUGCUGAAGAUAUCCUUAAACAAAGAUUAGACGAUGAAGGAGUAUUACUGUCUGUUGCUUCAGUAAAUCGUCUUAUUCGUGAUGAAAUUGACGCGGGUAUUCCUUCAAAUCGUAUUGUUAUUGGAGGAUUCUCCCAAGGAGCGGCAGUUGGAAUCACUAUUGGAUUAUUAUCUGAAUACCCCUUCGCCGGGAUUAUAGGUCUGAGUGGAUAUGUUCCUCUGAAAGAAAAAACAUUCACCAUGGCCACUGACGCAAAUAAGAAUACACCUAUUUUUUUGGGACAUGGUGACUGUGAUGAGAUUUUGCCUUAUCAAAUCGGGAAGUUAUCAUAUGAACUUAUUAAAUCAAGGGGAUAUCCCGUAACAUUUAAAACUUACAAUGGUAUGGGUCAUCAUACUUCUCAAAAAGAAAUCAAAGACAUGAUUUCGUUCUUGCAAGAAGUAAUUCCUGAUCAGAAUUCAGAAAAAAUAUGAAGUGAUUUGCCUCAUCUAAUUUAUUCAAUUUUUAUCAUUAAAUUUUUUCUUUUAAAUCUUUAUCUUCGUAUAAUAUAUAAUAUAAUAAUUAUAA